UGUUCUUCUGAUGCUGUUAAUUGAUCACCUGUGAAUCUGUGAGUAUCUUCCAUGUGUGACUCUGUCUCUCUCUUUCUCCCGUCCCCCUCUCCAGAUGACGUGCCGCCCUACUUUAAGACGGAGCCGGUGCGGAGCCAGUUGCACCUGGAGCGUAACAGGCUGGUGUUGACGUGUAUGGCAGAGGGGAGCUGGCCCCUGGAGUUCAAAUGGAUCCACAAUGGCACAGAGCUCACACGUUUCUCACAGGAGUACAGGUACUUAAUUCCCUCCCUGGACCGUUCCCAUGCUGGCUUCUACCAAUGUAUCAUCAGGAACCGUGUUGGAGCCUUACUACAGAGGAGGACUGAAGUGCAGGUUGCAUUUAUGGGCGGUUUUGAGGAGGGUGAGCGCGCCCAGUCGGUCUCUCAGGGGGAGGGGGCAGUGGUUCCCGCUCCACGCAUCAGGAGCUUUCCCCAGCCGCAGGUCACAUGGUUCAGAGACGGACGCAAGAUACCGCCCAGCAGCCGCAUAGCCAUUACUCUGGACAACACUCUGGUCAUCCUGUCCACGGUGGCCCCUGAUGCUGGACGUUACUACGUACAGGCUGUCAACGACAAGAACGGCGAAAACAAGACCAGCCAACCCAUAACCCUUUCUGUCGACAAUGUUGGUGGGCCUGCAGACCCCAUUGCCCCCACCAUAAUCAUCCCCCCAACAAACACCAGUGUAGUGUCAGGCACGUCUGAAGUCACCAUGGAGUGUGUCGCGAACGCAAGACCACUGAUCAAACUCAGCAUCACAUGGAGGAAGAACAGGGUUCUGGUCACCAGUGGUCUGAGUGACUUCAACCGCAGACUGACCAUUAUCGGCCCUGUGGUCAGUGACUCAGGGUUCUAUGAGUGUGAGGUGGUCCUCCGCAGCAGCAGUGUGCCUUCUGUCAAUGCUGGGGCCUACCUUCAUGUUCAAGAGCCUCCCCAGUUUGUGAAGGAACCAGAGAAACACAUCAUUGCUGAGAUGGAGAAAGUGGUGGAUAUCCCCUGUCAGGCACGAGGUGUGCCUCAACCAGACAUUGUGUGGUAUAAGGAUGCGGUGCCCAUCAGCCCAGUGAAAACCCCCAGGUAUAGGGUGUUAGUGGGGGGCAGUUUGCAGGUCAACGGCCUUCUUCCUGACGACACAGGGAUGUUCCAAUGCUUUGCACGGAACCUGGCAGGAGAGGUGCAGACCAACACCUACCUGGCUGUCACUAGCAUCGCCCCUAACAUCACAGCUGGACCAUCUGACAGCACGGUGAUUGACGGCAUGUCAGUCAUUCUCCACUGUGAAACAUCAGGAGCACCAAGACCAGCUAUCACCUGGCAGAAAGGUGAGCGUGUUCUGGCCAGUGGUUCUGUUCAGCUUCCCAGGUUCACCUUGCUGGAGUCAGGCAGCCUGCUCAUCUCCCCAUCCCACAUAUCAGACGCUGGCACCUACACCUGCAUGGCCAGCAACUCCCGGGGCAUAGACGAGGCUGCUGCUGACCUUGUGGUGUGGGCUCGCACCCGUAUCAACACCCCCCCUCAGGACCAGAGUGUCAUCAAAGGCACCAAGGCCACUGUGACCUGUGGAGUUACACACGACCCCAGUGUCACGGUCAGGUAUGUGUGGGAGAAGGAGGGCUUGGUCAUCAACGCCCAGUCUAUCCCUCGUAUCCGGCUGGACCAAGAUGGUACCCUCCACAUCUCCCAGACCUGGUCAGGUGACAUCGGGACCUACACCUGUAGGGUUGUGUCGGUAGGAGGCAACGACUCACGCAGCGCACACCUCCGAGUCAGACAGCUGCCCUAUGCUCCAGAGAACCCUGCGGCCCUGCUAAGUUCCUCAGAAAAUAGGGCCAUUAACCUGACCUGGGCCAAGCCCUUCGACGGGAACAGCCCCCUGCUUCGCUACAUCCUGGAGGUCUCUGAGAACAACGCUCCCUGGGCUAUCCUCCUGGCCAACAUAGAGCCUGAGUCGACAGCAGUGACCGUCAGUGGACUCAUCCCAGCACGCUCCUACCAGUUCCGCCUGUGUGCCGUCAACGACGUGGGCAAGGGCCAGUUCAGCAAGGAGACUGACCGUGUAUCUCUACCAGAGGAACCUCCCAGUGCCCCUCCCCAGAAUGUGAUCGCCAGCGGCCGCACCAACCAGUCCAUCAUGAUCCAGUGGCAGCCCCCACCAGAGAGCCACCAGAACGGGGUUCUCAGGGGCUACAGCGUCCGGUAUCGUCUAACAGGUCUUCCAGUGGACUACCAGAGUAAGAACAUCUCCAAACCCGACGUUACCAACAUUCUCCUGGAGGACCUGAUCAUCUGGACCAACUAUGAGAUAGAGGUGGCAGCCUACAACAGGGCGGGGCUAGGAACCUUCAGCCACAAGGUCACUGAGUGGACGCUGCAGGGAGUGCCGACUAUAGCCCCCAGUAAAGUUCAGGUGGAGGCCGUCAAUUCCACGACCAUCCGUAUCACCUGGGCCGCCCCUAACCCUCAGUUUAUCAACGGUAUCAACCAGGGAUACAAGCUGUUGGCAUGGGAGCCAGGUCAGGAAGAGGAGGUCACCAUGGUUACAGUGAGACCUAACUUCCAGGACAGUGUGCAUGUGGGCUACGUGACGGGGCUGAAGAAGUUCACAGAGUACUACAGCUCUGUGCUGUGUUUCACUACGCCGGGAGACGGCCCCCGCAGCCCCGCUAACGGCCUGAGGACACAUGAAGACACUCCUGGGGCGGUGGGUGACCUGAGCUUCACAGAGAUCCUCGACACGUCUCUCAAAGUGAGCUGGAGAGAACCUGAAGAGAAGAACGGAGUCCUCACAGGGUACCGUAUCUCAUGGGAGGAGUUUAACCGCACCAACACACGGGUGACCCACUACCUCCCCAACGUGACCCUGGAGUACCGCGUCACAGGGCUGACUGCCCUCACCACCUACACCAUCGAGGUGGCCGGCAUGACCUCCAAGGGCCAGGGAAAACUCUCCUCCUCCACAAUCUCUUCUGGAGUACCUCCAGAACUGCCUGGUCCUCCCACCAACAUGGCCAUCUCCAACAUUGGCCCUCGAUCCAUCACGCUCCAGUUCAAACCCGGCUACGAUGGAAAGACCUCCAUCUCUCGCUGGCAGGUAGAGGCCCAGGUCAGUGUGAUAGGAGACAAUGAGGACUGGGUGAUUGUUCACCAGCUGCCCAACGAGCCUGAUGCCCGAUCCCUGGAGGUGCCAGGACUAAACCCAUACACAUUUUACAGGUUCCGUAUGCAUCAGGUGAACAUUGUGGGGAGUAGUCCUCCCAGUCAGCCCUCCAGGAAGAUCCAGACCUUGCAGGCCCGUCCAGAUAUGUUCCCCGCUAACGUCACCCUGCGCACGGCCAGCGAGACCAGUCUGUGGCUCCGAUGGGUGCCCCUACCAGAGUGGGAGUACAAUGGGGACCCAGAGGUGGUAGGCUACCGGGUCCAGUACUCCCGCACAGGCUCCCAGGGUAGGGCGCUGACCCAUGUGAUCGCUGACCGGCUGGAGAGGGAGUUCACCAUCGAGGACCUGGAGGAGUGGACAGAGUACAAUGUCAGGGUUCAGGCUCUCAACGGCAUCGGGGCCGGGCCCUGGAGCCAGCCUGUCAGAGGAAGGACCAGAGAGUCUGUCCCCUCCUGUGGUCCCACCAACGUGUCAGCCUUUGCCACGACCUCCAGCAGUAUCCUGGUGCGCUGGUUUGAAGUACCAGAACCAGACCGGAAUGGGCUGAUCUUGGGAUACAAGGUGUUGUAUAGGGAGAAGGACUCUGACUCGUCCCUCCAGUUGUGGACAGUGGAUGGGAACGCCAGCCACAGUGUCCAGCUGACUGGUCUGGGGAAAUACGUCCUCUAUGAGAUCCAGGUCCUGGCCUUCACCCGCAUCGGAGACGGCAUGCCCAGCUCACCACUCAUACUGGAGAGAACUCUGGACGACGUGCCCGGCCCUCCAGUGGGCAUCCUGUUCCCUGAGGUCCGGACCACCUCGGUGCGUCUCAUCUGGCAGUCCCCGUCCCAGCCUAAUGGUAUCAUCCUGGCCUAUCAGAUCACGUAUCGUCUGAACUCGUCCAAUAGCAACACGGCCACAGUGGACGUCUUAAACCCGAGUGCUCGCCAGUACAUGGUGACUGGCCUGAAACAAGAGUCAGUGUACGUGUUCCGCAUCACAGCCCAGACACGCAAGGGCUGGGGGGAGGCUGCAGAGGCACUGGUGGUCACCACCGAGAAGAGAGCUCGCCCUCAGCCCACAGGUCGUCCCAUGGUGCCCCAAGAGAAUGUUCAGGCCCGCAGCGUGUUGUUGUCAUGGGAACCAGGCAGCGAUGGCCUCUCUCCGGUCCGCUAUUACACCGUGCAGCUGAGAGAACUGCCAGACAGCAACUGGACCGUCCACUCUGCCUCGGUCAACCACGAGUCUAGCUUCUACAUAGUUGGCAGGCUGAAGCCCUUCAUCUCCUACCAGUUUAGAGUGAAAGCCACCAACGACAUAGGAGACAGUGAAUACAGCGAGGAGAGUGAAGUUAUCACCACACUACAGGACGCCCCUGACGAAGCCCCCACAAUCCUCUCUGUCACACCACACACAACUACAUCCGUGCUGAUUCGCUGGCAGCAUCCGUCUGAGGAGAAGAUUAACGGUAUCCUCCUGGGUUUCCGGAUACGAUACCGGGAGCUCAUGUACGACCGCCUCCGCAGCGUCUCCGUACGCACCGCCAACAGCCCCUCCAAUACAUGGACCGAGCUCAACUCCCCCUACAGCGUGAGAAACCUGAGCGAGUCCUCUCUCACCCAGUAUGAGCUGGAUAACCUGAGCAAACACAAGCGCUAUGAGAUCAGGAUGAGUGUGUAUAACGCCGUGGGGGAGGGACCAACCAGCACACCACAGGAAGUGUUUGUAGGAGAAGCAGUACCCACCGCCCCACCUCAGAACGUGGAUCAAUCAGCAACGGCCACCCAGCUGGACGUGACGUGGGAGCCUCCUCCAUUAGACUCUCAGAACGGAGACAUCCAGGGAUACAAGGUGUACUUCUGGGAGAUCCAGCACAAGAAUGAGACGGAGAGACUGCGCACCCUGUUCCUGCCAGAGGGAGGGGUCAAGCUGAAGAACCUGACUGGAUACACCACCUACAUGAUCAGUGUGGCCCUCUUCAACGCAGCAGGGGACGGGCCCCGAAGCCCACCAACCAGGGGCCUUACACAACAGGCUGCCCCCAGCGCUCCCAGCUUCAUCCACUUCAGUGAGCUGACUACCACGUCGGUCAACGUGUCCUGGGGUGAGCCCACCUACCCCAACGGCAUUCUAGAGGGCUACCGGCUGGUCUACGAGCCCUGCACCCCUGUUGACGAAUCUUCCGUGGCCUGUGCCGACUGUCUUCACUCCCCCUCCCCCCCAGGCGUCAGUAAGAUAGUGACGGUGGACGUCAAAGGGGCCCCGUUCUGGAUGAAGAUCAAGGACCUGGCUGAUGGGGUGACCUACAACUUCAGGAUCCGGGCCAAGACGUUCACCUACGGGCCUGAGGUGGAGGCUAACAUCACCAUGGGGCCUGGGGAAGGAGCCCCGGGCCCCCCUGGAGAGCCUUUCAUCUCCCGGUACGGCUCAGCUCUUACCAUCCACUGGUCCAACGGUGACCCCGGGAGUUCGCCUAUCACACACUACGUCAUCGAGGCCAGACCUUCAGAUGAGGGCUUGUGGGAUAUCUUGAUCAAGGACAUCCCAAAGGAAGUGACGUCAUACGCCUUCAACAUGGACAUUCUGAAGCAAGGGGUUAGUUAUGACUUCCGGGUUAUUGGCGUGAACGACUAUGGCUACGGGUCUCCUAGUCCACCCUCAGCCUCCAUAUCUGCCAAAAAGGUGGCGCCAUUCUACGAGGAGUGGUGGUUCUUGGUGGUGGUGGCCCUGGUAGGUCUUAUCUUCAUCCUCCUUCUGGUCUUCAUCCUCAUCAUCAGAGGACAGAGCAAGAAGUACGCCAAGAAAUCUGACUCAGGGAACAACUCCAACUGUAAUGCCCUGACCCAUGGAGAUAUGGUCAGCCUGGACGAAGGACGCUUCCCCGCCCUGGAACUCAACAACCGACGGCUGUCUGUCAAGAACUCCUUCUGCCGUAAGAACGGUGUCUAUACCAGGUCUCCUCCUCGGCCCAGCCCAGGCAGUCUCAACUACUCUGACGAGGAUUUGAGCACCACCAAGUACAACGAUCUGAUCCCGGCUGAGAGCAGCAGCCUGACAGAGAAACCAUCUGAGAUAUCAGACUCUAAGGAGGCCCUGGUGUUCUCAUAUGGGACGGGUGGUCUGCGUGUGCUUCCACUGAACUGGGGCAGUGACAGUGAGUAUGAAGUGGACCAGCACAGACAGAAGACACACUCCUUUGUGAGCCACUACAUCAGUGACCCCACCUACUACAACUCCUGGCGCCGCCAGCAGAAGGGCAUCUCCCGGGCACAGGCCUACAAUUAUACAGAAUCAGAGUCGGGUGACCCGGAGCCCUGCGCCCCAUCACCACCCCUGCCCCCGCUGCCACCCCAGCUCACCUCCACCACCCCUCUACCCCAGACCCAGCCCCAUGGUCAACCCCAGGGCCUCACACCCCAGGGCCAGGGUAGUCUGUUCCGGCCUAAAGGCAGCCGGACUCCCACCCCCUCUCAGCAGCUCUCCAACUCCACCCCUCCCAGCCACUCCAACACCCUGUCCUACUGGCCCCCCAGCAGCCCCAGCCCAGCCCCUGGAUCUCGGGCCCCCAUCGCCGGGUUCUCCUCAUUCGUUUGAUUCCGAGAGGGAUCUGUGUUCCCUUCUGAAAACAAAACCCACCCUGCUGCCCAACGUGUCUAGAGAGUAAAUACCCAACACAAAAGAAACCCUCAGAAUCCACCAUAUUGAUUUCUGUUUCUCCGAUUUUCUUACUUGUUUUUCUUCUUUCCUUUUUAUUACUGAGUUGUGUUUUAAGGAUCAUACUGUACACAGACAUGACAGAAGUUACAUACUUUAUUCCAGUACAUUGUUCCUCUUGUGUGCGUGUGCUGGUAUAGUUUUAUUUGUGUGCGUGUGCUGGUAUAGUUUUAUUUGUGUGCGUGUGCUGGUAUAGUUUUCUUUAACCCAUAGACAUCUGCUGAGAACAAGACAGUAUCUAUUCAUGUUUCUGUUUGAUUGAUUUGCAUGAGUUUCAAUGUAUUAUUUAUUUUCUCUUUUUCAUUGUUACACUUCUACACACAUACAACAAGAGAAUCAUUUAGUUAGAUACUGUAAAAAGGAAAGAGUUUAUUGGAAAAAAAUAUCUACAAGACGAUAAAAGUGUCAUAGCGUCAAUCCACACUCGGAUAACAAGCACCAAUGAAACUGGGAUCCCAAAAUGGAGCCAUACAAGCGAGCGAAAUGAGUAGAGUUUGAAGGACGGAAAGAGGAACAGGGUAUAGAAAAGACAAAGUAAUGAAAGUGAGGAGGAAGGGGGAGAUUGAGGCUGAAAUGAGCCCACUGGCAGUCGUUAAAUGCCCAGUCCUGUCCAAUUAGGUCAAUUAAGUUUCUGGGUGUUAAUGUGAGAUAUGUUAGUGACCUCCCCCUAUUUAACCUAUGGACCAUGAUCCUCAGCAGUUAUCUGGGCUGGCCUAUAGGGUACGCACUAUUGUGUCUGACAGCAUUCCGAUGUCACAGGCAGGUCACAUCUCUGUGCCGUACACCAAGUUCCUAGUUGCCUGCCCGCCUUGGCAGAUAUGGGAAAUGUACUGUAUGUCUGAAGUAAAAAUGUUGAGGUUGGUCUGCAUGUUCUUUGUGUCCUUUAGUGGAUCAGACAUGCCAUGUUUGAUUAUAACUAGGGAUUCAUAUUUCCCUGAAAAUGUUCCCUUACAAGCCAUUCUCAGGCAUCCCAGUAUUCCUGUUGAAAGCAGAAGUGCUAUUUAAAAGCAUAUAAUACCAGCGAAGGAAAUCUGACAUAAUUCUACCACUGAAAAAUAUACGGAGGAAUCUAACCGUUUCUUGAUUUUGUUUCAUUUUAAUCAACUAAAAGUUCUCAAAGUCACCACAUUAUUUUGUUGAUGUAAUCUAGUUUUAAUGUAGGCAUAUGAAGCACUGUUGGUCGACUUGUAAAAUAUCCGGAGGUUAUUACAGCCUAGUGAAAACGUCAUUCGUUUUAGCCUACCGGUGACGGAAAGCUUGUUGGUCCUCUCCUCUCACUAUUAUGGGAAUGAGGCCAAGUAGUGGUUGUUUUGACAACAGUUUAGUCAUUUAGCAGACUCUCUUAUCCAGAGGGACUUACAGGAGCAAUUAGGGUUAAGUGAAAUGCUCAUGGGCACAUCAGAUUUUUCACCUCGUCGGCUCGGGAUUCAAACCAGCAAUCUUUCAGUUACUGGCCCAAUGCUCUUAACCGCUAGAAUACCUGCCGCUUACUGUGUUGGCUUAGUCUUAGGGAAUGUAGACUGAUGCUGCGCUAAACAAACAGAAAAGCAAAUGGCCGCAGUAGUGGAGAUUCAGCACCAUGGUUUAUCAAUUCUCUGCGGAUCAUUAAAAUCAUGCUCUCAAUUUUGUUAGUGUAACAUCAUGGAACAACGUUGCGAAUGUCUAUUUCCUUGAGUGCUUCUGCAGACACAAUGUAUCAGCCGUUUUGUUAACAGUGAGUAGCAGUUUAUAUUUUGGAGCCUCUGCCAAAGCUAGUUUGGAGAUUUUUGAACGUGAGAUUGAGAUUCAACGCAGUUAUGGUAAGCAAAGGUCACAUGUAGUCUGCUACAGUUUCAUGAUAGUCAACGAUGCCAGUUAAAGGGAAUCUAUUGGGGACUUGUGUUGCGUAGUCUGAAUUGGUAGGCCGCUAGCAUUGUGAUCAGUGGUCUAAUGUGUGGAUGAAGUCAGAUAGUUCAAAUCUGUUUAAUAUUUUUCCAUAGAAAUUAUAAAGUGCCUUUGGAAAGUAUUCAGAUCCCUUGACUUUUCCACAUUUUGGUAGGUUACAGCCUUAUUCUAAAAUGGAUUAAAUUGUUUUUCCCCCCUCAUGAAUCUAAACACAAUACCCCAUAAUGACAAAGCUAAAACAGGAUUUUAGAAUUUUUUGCGAAUUUAUAAAAAAUUAAAAACAGACAUCAAAUGUAUAUAAGUAUUCAGACCCUUUACUCCAUACUUUGUUGAAGCACCUUUGGCAGCGAUAACAGCCUUGAGUCUUCUUGGGUAUGAUGCUACAAGCUUAGCACACCUGUAUUUGGGAAGUUUCUCCCAUUCUUCUCUGCAAAUCCUCUCAAGCUCUGUCAGGUUCGAUGGGGAGCAUUGCUGCACAGCUAUUUUCAGGUCUCUCCAGAGAUGUUCAAUCGGGUUCAAGUCCGGGCUCGAGCUGGUUCACUCAAGGACAUUCAGAGCCACUCCUGCAUUGUGUUGGCUGUGUGCUUAGGGUUGUUGUCCUUUAGGACAGUGAACCUUCGCCCCAGCAGCAGGUUUUCAGAAAGGAUCUCUCUGUACUUUUCUCCGCUCAUCUUUGCCUCGAUCCUGACUAGUCUCCCAGUCCCUGCCGCUGAAAAACAUGUCCACAGCAUGAUGCUGCCACCACCAUGCUUCACUGUAGCGAUCGUGAUGGGUUCCCUCCAGACGUUACGCUUGGCAUUCAUGCCAAAGAGUUCAAUCUUGGUUUCAUCAGACAAGAGAAUCUUGUUUCUCAAUGUCUGAGAGUCUUUGGGUGCCUUUUGGCAAACUCCAAGCAGGUAUACACGUGUCUUUUACUGAGUGUGGCUUCCGACUCUACCAUAAAGGCCUGAUUGGUGGAGUGCUGCAGAGAUGGUUGUCCUUCUUGAAGGUUCUCUCAUCUCCACAGAGGAACUCUGGAGCUCUGUCAGCGUGACCAUCGGGUUCUUAGUCACCUCCCGACCAAGACCAUUCUUCCCGAUUGCUUAGUUUGGCCAGCCGGCCAGCUCUAGGAAGAGUCUUGUUGGUUACAAACUUCUUCCAUUUAACAAUGAUGGAGGCCACUGUGUUCUUGGGGACCUUCAUGCUGCAGAAAUUCUUUGGUACGCUUCCCAAGAUAUGUGCCUUGAAACAAUCCGGUCUCGGCACUCUACGGACAAUUCCUUCGACCUCAUGCCUUGGUUUUUGCUCUGACAUGCACUGUUGACUGUGAGACCUUAUAUAGACAGGUGUGCCUCUCCAAAUAAUUUCCAAUCAAUUGAAUUUACUACAGGUGGACUCUCAUCAAGUUGUAGAAACAUCUCAAGGAUGAUUCAUGGAAACUGGAUGUACAUGAGCUCAAUUUCGAGUCUCAUAGCAAAGUGUCUAAAUACUUAUGUAAAUAAGGUAUUUCUGUUUGUCUUUUAAUACAUUUGGAAAAAUAAAAAAUGUUUUCGCUUUGUCUUUAUGGGGUAUUGUGUGUAGAUUGACGAGGACAGUUUUUUAUUUAAUACAUUUUAGAAUAAGGCUGUAACCUAACAAAAUGUGGAAAAAGUCAAGGUCUGAAUUCUUUCCAAAAGCACUGUAUAUUAUUGUUCCCGAUGUCCCGUCAUUUUUUUUUUGGGGGGGGGUCGCGGAUACUGGUCCCUAUUAAUCCCUAUUUAUAACGUAUAUUUGUGCAGUGUAAUGAUCUGACACCACUAAAGAAGUUUAAUGGGCCUGACCAGGGUAUGCGGCCCAAAUGGUACCCUAUUCCCUAUAUAGUUCACUACUUUGACCAGAGUCUUAUGGGACUGGUCAAAACUAGUGCAAUAAAAGGAGAAUAGUGUACCAUUUGGGAUGCAAUCCAGGUCAUUACUUAUCAGCCACUAUGAGCCUUCUACGGAUCGGACAGGUGCUGUGUGAAAAGCCCUUCCUAUACUGAUGAUCUAACCUAACCUGUGGCAUCUCGACUCACUCACGACUCACUCACAACCCUCAUCAAACACCGCCACCGCACAUGCCCAGUGGCCCACAACAACAUCAGUGACAUCAUCAUGCUUCCACAUCAAACUAUAAAGACUGGAAAUGAUAACACAGACAGCAUCUAAAGUGUUCUUUGAGUUCAGUGGUUCCCACAUGUGGGCACACAGAGUGGAGCAGGCUCAGACAUGGGGGCCAUUUAGAAAAACAGACGGAGAAUAUGCAUUUCCGCUGGUCUCCACAGAGUUCUCAAACCCAGAUUAGACUCGAGCUGAUGUCUUAAGUAGCUGAACAUGUUAUUACUUCGACCUUGUGAAAGUGACAAACUGACACUUUUUUUUCAUUUUGUAAAAAAACGACUUUAUAUAGAAGGAGUGCCUUUAAUUUUACGGCCUGCACAUGAGCUAAGCUAGCAAACAUCGCCCAUGACAUCGCCUACAAGCGUGAUCUGGGAUUUCUAUUGGAGAAGCAGUUUCUGGAGCUCUUCAUCUAUCGGCUCUUUGGGCUCUCUCUCAUCUAGCUCAGUUGCUGCUCUCUGUCAGUGACAUCAUCAUGGGAAGUCUUUGAGCUUGUACAAAGAGAUGUCAUGGAAUGGAUUCACCUCUCUCUCAUGUUGUGUAACAAUGAUGAUGAUGAUGAGCGCACAAUGCAUGUGUGACUGACUAUGAGUCCUAUCUGAAUGAGACUAUUGUCUGUGCUGACGUGUGAUGAUAACACUUCUUCAACAUAAGCUUUAUACAUAGCAUCCACUGUGUGUACAGGUUGCCCAGGCUAAGGCAUUGCCCUCCUGGUGCCUGCCCUCCAUGGCAAGCUGAAAGGGCAUGUACAUUUCAUUCCAGACUCAGUGGUGGUAGUCACAGUUUAAUCAUAAUUCUAAAAUUCUCUUCUGCUUUUUUCUCUGUGGGGUGAUUUCACUGUACGCAAAUAAAAUAACCAUCAUUAUGCUGAUUCUGAAUGGAUAUAUGAUCACGGAACAUUUCCAAAAUAAAUGAUUUUUCAAUGGGAA